AUGGAUAGAUAUCAACGUGGUCAAAAACGCCAAAAAGUAUCAUCAGAUAAUAUACUUCAUUCUGUUGGUAUCCAGGAUCAUUGUGAUUAUAUCAUAACAAGUACUGAUGAAGGAAAUAAUUUAAUGAACCAGUUCAAAGAAGUUAGCACCCAAGUCGCAUUUGAAAAUUCUGUUAACAAGAACUUUGUAUUUAGCUGUGAAUUUGUAGGUUCUGAUGUUUGUACACAAGCAACAAUCCCAAAAAAUUGUUUUAAUUUGGCUUCUUCAGUUCAGGAUAAAUCUUGUGGUCCAGAUUCUCUUCAAGUUGAUUCAUGCCUUUCUUGUAACAAAUUCCAUGGAUUUGAUUGCAUUAAAGAUGAAAACCAACUUAAAGAUUUGACUGGGGUGACAUUUAAAGUUUUUAAACUUUUACUUUCAUUUUUAUCAGACUCAAAUAAAAAUUUACUUGAUAUAAAAAGUCAAUUAUUAUUAUUUUUAAUAAAAAUUAAAUUAGGUAUAACAUUUUCUGCAUUAAGUGUAUUUUUUAAAAUAAGUCGAAGAACUGCCUCUAGAAUAUUUUUUAAAUUAUUAGAUGUGAUAUGUUCUAAAACUAAAAACUUUAUAUUUUGGCCAGAUAAGUAUUCUAUUACUCAAACAUUACCCAAUUCAUUUAAAAUAAAUUAUCCAAACUGCAGAUGCAAAAUAGAUUGUACUGAAAUUAAAGUUGAACAGCCAAGUACUGUUGAACAGCGUGUUUAUCUUUAUUCAUCAUAUAAAGGUUGUUAUACUGUUAAAACAUUAGUUGCAGUAACUCCAAAUGGCAUGAUUUCGUUUCUAUCUAAAUGUUAUGGUGGUAGAACUAGCGAUUCAUUUAUAACAAAUGAUUCUGGGUUUUUGGAAAAGUUAGAGCCGGGCGAUGAAGUUCUUGCAGAUAAAGGUUUUCCAGGAAUUAAAACUGAAUGUGAAAAUAAUAAUUCAAUAUUAGUUAUGCCACCAAUACUACAUAAUUGUCGAUUUUCAGAAGAAGAAGUCCUUGAAACAUAUAGUGUAGCUAGUGUUAGGAUACAUAUAGAAAGAGUUUUUGCUAGACUUAAGUCAUAUGGUAUACUUAACAAAAUUAAAAUUAAUAUUCUUCCUGAAAUUGAUAAUAUAAUGCAUAUUUGUUGUGUUUUAACAAAUUUACAGUCGCCAAUAAUAAAACAAAAUUAA